UCAACUCUGCUGUUAAAGGAAUACAUUUACUGAAACGUGGAAGGAGUUGGCAUUUUCAGUUCCAAGCCUUAGGACUUGAUUUUUUAAACAGAGUAUUCUGUACUGUCAGUUAAAUUACCAAAUGUAACUUUUCGAUGCUGAUACCUACCACUUAUUGGCUAAAGUUUUAAGAAGAGCAUCACGCAGUGUCAUCAUUUAUCUAGUUUAUGUCUGAAGUUCUGCGGCAAUGUCGAUUCUGUACCUGGCUGUUUUUUCACUAGGUGUAUUAUGUUUGCCUUCUACAUGGGGAUCCGAAAAAGCAGCUACCAUUUCCAUUACCUGUGCUACGAGGGGGUCUGAGCUAAAGGAAGACAAGUUGACUGUGCUGUGUCCAGCAGACUGUCCACUCUGGCAGUUUACUGUAUAUGGAGCUGGAAUUUAUGCUUCAUUAUCCAAUAUCUGUGGAGCUGCCAUUCAUAGAGGUGUAAUUUCCAAUGCUGGAGGACUUGUAAGAGUUUACAGACUACCUGGGCAAGAGAAUUACCAAGCUUCAGAAUCCAAUGGAGUCAGAUCUCAAACUCUCACAAGAUGGGGUACAUCCUUUUCUGUCGCCAGACCCAAGACAAGACCCCUUGCAGUAGCCAGUCAGCCAAAAGAAACAGCUGUUCUACCCAAAGGCAAAGUGAAAAUUUCAGUGAAAACACCUGGCAACAAAGACUGCAAAGCUGAUAUCGCUUUCUUGCUUGACGGAAGCCAUAACAUUGGACAACGACGAUUCAUUUUACAAAAAACCUUUAUCAGUAAGGUCAUCCAGAUGAUGGGUGUUGGAGAGGAAGGAGCACAAAUAGGCAUCAUUCAAGCAAGCGAAAAUCCAAAAACAGAAUUUCUUCUUAAGGACUAUAAAACUUCAAAAGAUGUCAUCUUUGCUAUAAAAGAAAUCAACUUCCUAGGUGGUCAUUCAAAUACUGGAAAAGCUCUGAAGCACACAGUUCAAACAUUCUAUUCUGCAGAUAAAGGGGCUCGCAAAGGUCAGCCAAAGGUGAUUGUAAUUUUUGUGGAUGGGUGGCCUUCUGAUGACGUAGAAGAUGCUGCAGUGCUGGCUAGAGAAUCUGGUAUCAAUGUGUUCCUUGUGUCCGUAGCAAAACCAGCUCUUGAAGAAAUGGGAAUGGUGCAAGAUGCAAAUUUUAUAGACAAGAUUGUCUGCCGAAACAAUGGGUUCUUCUCUUACAACAUACCUAGCUGGUUUGGUACAACUAAGUAUGCCAAACCCCUGGUGCAAAAAAUAUGUGCUCGUGAGCAAAUGCUGUGCAGUAAGACAUGCUACAACAACAUCAACGUUGGCUUCCUUAUUGAUGGAUCCAGCAGUGUGGGAGAAGUCAACUUCCGUUUAGUUCUCGAGUUCAUCGUCAGUAUUUCAACAGCCUUUGAGAUUUCUGACAUAGGCUCCAGAGUUGGGGUUGUGCAGUUCACCUAUGACCAAAAGACUGAGAUUGAAUUUGCAGAGUAUUCCGCAAAAGAUGAUCUGAUCAGUGCUGUCCGACGAAUCAACUACAUGAGUGGAGGCACUGCUACUGGUGACGCCCUUCAGUAUGCCAGCAGGUUCCUCUUCGGACCAUUCAAAACUGGAACCCAUAAAAACUACUUGAUAAUUAUCACUGAUGGGCAGUCUUAUGAUGAUGUUGGUGGUCCUGCUCAAGCAGCAAGGGAAGAAGGUAUAACAAUAUUUUCUGUGGGCGUUGCCUGGGCACCACAAGAAGAUCUCAGAGACAUGGCUUCAGAGCCAAAGGAGUCGCAUGUGUUUUUUACUAGAGAAUUUACUGGCCUAGAUCAGCAUGUGCCUGAAAUUGUUAAAGGCAUAUGCAAAGAUUUUGUGGAGCAGCAACAGUAGAAUUAAGGUGAAUGUAUUGGUACAGCUUUAAAAGAAGAGUCUCCAGAUCGAGGACAAAAGACGUCCCAUAUUUUUGAUAUUUCUUCAACUAUUAGCAGACUGUACAGCAAAAUAUAUCACAUUCUCUUGACUAUGCAAGCUAUACUAGGCUUAUCUCUACGCACUUCUGGGGAUAUUGUGUGUCUUUAUCAAUGCAGUAGUAAUGCAAAGCUUCUGGUGCAAACUAGAAAUUUUCUUCUAAAACCAAAGCAGUUGCAUCUGUUUAUAUGUUAUAACUAACCAUGAUGUCAAAUGCCUAUAAUUGUAAGCAGUUGUGAGUAAUGUAAAGCAUAAAUCACCUGUGUAUUUAUCAUGCAUUCAUUUUAUUUUAGUAAUUUUUAAAUAACUUAUGACUUGGAAUAUAGAGGCUUAUAUAUUGUACUAAAGAUUAAUGUGUAUUUUUCUAUUGAUCGAUGUUUUGGUUCAGUUUUUAAGAAUUCUCUCUGAAAAAUUAGGAACAUCAACAUUUUGAAUAGGCCUUUCUAAAUGGGAAGUCAAUAAUUUACUUUGAAUUGUAACAGUAAAAAGUACAAUUUUUAUGUAUGAGUAAUAAGCAUUACUGUUCGUUGCAAAAAAAAAAGUUUAAGUGCUCUUUUUAAAAGAAAAAAACUUUUUUAAACACACUUAGUGUUUCAGUCCAAUUAAUUUAAUAAAGCAAAAUGUUUCAUACCA